AUCCAGAGCUUCACUAAAUAGUCACAGAGGUUCAAAUGCACAGCAAAAAGCACUCAAAAUCAUGCAAAAAAGGUAAUGUUGAAUGCAGAUUUGGAUUCCCCAAACUAGCAAUGGACCGCACCAGAAUCACCGUCCCAGUAAUUGACUUUGAUUUGGAAAUUGAUGAUGAAACACCAAAGCAAAGUAAGCCAAAAGGUAGGAGAAAUUCCAAAAAAUCGAGAUCACCAUUUGUCUCAAACCUACAAAGAGAGGCUAAGAAGAAACUGAAAACAAUUAGAGAUUUACUUAAAGAUGAGAAAUCAUCUUUCAGGGAUUUGUCAGAGUUACUCCAGGCUUGUAAUAUGACCAAAGUAGAGUACAAUGGCCAUGUUGAUGCUCUCACUUCUGGAAUGGUGGUAAUGAUGAAACGGGAUCCUAAAGAUAGCUGGGUCAAUGGGUACAACCCCGAUCUCCUUCGUGCAUGGAAUGCUAACAUGGACAUUCAGUAUGUGCUUGAUGAGUACACCUGCAUUGAGUACAUGAUGUCCUACAUAGCCAAGCCAGAGCAUGAAAUGGCGCAGUUCCUCAAGUCUGUUGUUGAUGAUUUAAAGACGGCCAAUGUUAGCCAACGCGAUGAGAUGAAAAAGAUCAUGCAGGCUUAUUCAAAACAGAGAGAGGUUAGUGCUCAAGAAUCCGUUGCGCGCACUUGUAGCCUACCUCUCAAAAAGUCCUCUCGUAGUGUACUUUUUCUUCAAACAGAUGAAGACGGUAUAAAAAUGAGUCUUCCGAUGAGUAAACUCGUAAACAUGUCCCCAGAUGAAGAGAAUGUGUGGAUGAAAGGAUUGCCGGAAAAAUAUCUCAACAGACCAGACACAUUAGAAUUCGAACACAUGUGCCUGGCAGAAUUUGCAUCAGAAUACCGGGUUCUAUAUGGUAGGCAAAUUGAAGGGCCAAAUGCAAUUGCCCUCCUUAAUGAUGCAGGAUACAUCCAGAAAAGAACUAUCGGCAAACCUGCAGUUAUUAGAUUUACUCGUUUCUCUGAGAAAAAAACACCCGAAAAGUUUUACAGACGGCUUCUGAAGUUGUAUUUUCCUCACAGACGAGAUGAGGACCUAAAAAAUGAGGAAUGCACAACCUACGAAGGCUUUUACAACAACGGUUUUCGUGGUAGAUAUCGGGUUAAACAGUAUGUGGAUUUCAAUUGCAAAAGGUAUGAAGGGCAAGGUAAGAAAAUUGAUAAGAUUAUGGAAGAUCUGAAUAAGCAAGGACCGGUUCGUAAUGCGUGGAACACUUUUGCACCCGAGGUUGAGGUAGACAGUUUAGAAUGCGCUGCUGAGCGACCACCAUUGCAAGAAGAUGAAGAGCAAGACCCUAUUCCAGAUUAUGAAAUUGAUGUCAGCACUGUAGACAUGCCAAAAAUUGAAGCUCCUAAACUGAGCCCUGAUUUCAUCAGACAAAUGUACAGGAGUUUAAAUGAGACUCAAGCGUCCGUGUUUUACGCCAUUCGCGAUUGGUGUCUGAAGCGCGUCUGGGGUGAGAAACCAGAACCAUUCUUUUAUUUCUUGACGGGAGGAGCUGGCUGUGGUAAAUCUCAUGUCAUCAAAUGUGUUUACCAGGAGGCAACCAAGCUCUUGCGCCAGCUUCCGAGAAUUCUCGAUAUUGGUGACAUGUCCAAGCCUACUGUGCUCCUCACAGCUUUUACUGGUACUGCAGCGUACAACAUAUCAGGGAAGACUUUACAUUCCAUCUUGAAGCUACCCAAAAGUUUAAAACCACCAUACAAGGGACUUGGAAAUUCAUUGGAUGAAGUGAGGGCAGUUCUUUCUAAUGUAGAAAUCUUAAUCAUCGAUGAAAUCUCCAUGGUCUCCAAAGACCUACUUGCAUAUGUUCACUGGAGAUUUCAACAAAUCAAGGGGAACAACAGGUUCAUGGGUGGGGUCUCUGUUUUGGCUGUGGGGGACUUCUUCCAACUUCCUCCUCUUGGACGAUCAAAACCGCUUUGUGUCGCCGAGGAUGGCGUGCUUGAUAUCUGGAAUGAGAAUUUCCAGAUGAUCAGCCUGACAGAAAUCAUGCGGCAGAAAGAUGACCGAGCGUUUGCAGAGCUCCUGAACAGGAUUCGAGUUAAAGGUAAAGCCGAUUCGCUUAGUAAGGAUGACAAGACUCUUUUGAUCCAAGCUGUUACUGACUCAAAAGAGUGUCCAAUGGAUGUUCUGCACAUUUUUGCAACAAACAAACAGGUGGACACCCAUAAUGCAGCAGUUGUGACCUCUUUAGGUGCAGUAACAGUUGACAUCGAGGCAGAGGACUACAAAAGGGUUACAAAGACAGGAAACAUGAUUAAUCUGGGCUGUUGCAUAGCGGGCAACAAACGAGACUUGUCUAACAAGAUACAGGCUGGUUUGGGUUUUAGGGUAAUGAUUAUAAGAAACUUGGAUGUAGAGGAUGGUCUUGUUAAUGGAACAUUUGGGACCAUUGCGGAUAUUGUCACCAGUACGAAAGAUGGAAAGAAUAGUGUAAAGUUAAUUGGACUCAAACUGGACAAUCCCCUCGCUGGACACACAAAAAAGAUUCAGGGUAAACCAGACAGCUUUGUUUACAUUGAGAGAUUUGAGGAACAGAGUAGCGUAAAGGGAGUGGUACGACGGCAAUUUCCAAUCAGGUUAGCCUUUGGGUGUACGGCACACAAAGUCCAAGGGAUGACCAUGAAGUCUGCGGUUAUUUCUUUGAAGCGUAUUUUUGAACCGGGAAUGGCAUAUGUGGCACUCAGUCGCACAACUUCCCUGGAAGGACUUAAAAUCAUUGAUUUUGAUGAAAGUAAGAUCUACGCUGACAAAAACAUCAGAGCAGCUAUGGAAUCAAUGAGAUCAGCAUCGUUUUUGCAUAUCAGACCACUCUUGCAUUUUCAGUCUGGUCAUCAAGGUGCAACAUUAACAAUUGUCCACCACAAUGUCGAAGGUCUUGUCUGUCACUCUGAGGACAUGAAACAACAUCAUGAACUUAUGCUGGCAGAUGUCUUAUGCCUAACGGAGACUCAUUUAUUUGGAUCUUCUGUUCCAGCUUCUUGCCAAAUGGAGGGCUAUUCUUUCUUUUCACGGAACAGACAUGUCUCCUACUCAAACAGAGUCGACAUUGCUACCAAAGAGGGUGGGGGAGUAGCGACUUACUGCCGGAGUCUUCUCCAACCGCAGGAACGUAGAUUCUUCAACCAGGUUACAGAUAUUGAAUUCAACGUUGUGAAAGUGGAAACCCCAAUCAGAGCACUGAUUGCGACAGUUUACAGGCCACCAAGUUAUGAUCUUGGAACAUUUUUAAGAAAUCUGCAGAACCUCUUGGAUGGCCUGAAUUCAAUGGAUAUUCGGCCCGUUGUCAUAUUAGGAGACUUCAAUGAGGACCUUAUUCCUCCUGGGAAAAAAGCCAUCAAUGAGUUGUUUAGAGCAAAAGGCUUUAUGCAACUCAUCUCUGAUGCAACCACAGAAAAACGUACCCUCCUUGAUCACAUUUACAUCUCCAAUCCAGAAUACUGUAUCCAAUCAGGUGUCUUGCAGGCUUACUACAGCUACCACAAUCCUAUAUACUGUGUGUUAGCUUCAGUAUAAACUGCAUCUACAGUGGCUUCCAAAAAUAGUUAUGUUCCUUGAAAUUUUCCUAAUCAUAAGGGGUAUUUUUCUUGAUCUUUUAUAUUAAAUUCCGAUGAAAUAUAUUUGUGGUUGUAAUGUAACAAUAUGGAACAGUUCAAGGAGUAUGAUUACUUUGUAAGCACUGUAAAUCUUAAUCCUGAAUUCAUGACAGGAUAUUAUUUUUGGAGAACAUGUAAAGAUCUUGCAUCAUUUUAUGUGACUGUGGGUUUUUUUGUAUAUGCAGCAAUCAGAAAGCAGUGUGGGUUGUUUUUCUCUAUCAUUGUUGCAGAGGGUUUGAUAUAUAUUUAUUCAUUGUACACAUUUGUGAAUUAUAGUGUAGCUUGUGGAUUUUGUUGUAGGAAUAAAAAUAUUCUUGUACAGUUUGCAAAUCUUUUCAAUACUUAUUUAGUUCCGUAGAAAGGAGGCUUCAUAACCAGGGUUUGUAUGUGCCCAUGAAACUUUGUUUGAGGUUUGGGAAUACGAAAGUGGCUGAUCUUGAAACACUUAUCGGUUCUCUGUCAGAGUAGUUGCUGGAAAUAUUGGACCAGGAAGCGGUAGAUUAAACAAUCAGUUACUAAACGUAUAUUCUGUUCUAUUUUGAAAUAAAAAUUAUUUCAAAUUGGUCUUCAAUCUGGCCCUGAGCAUUUUCCUCAUUUUUCUAAUGCAGUUAGAGUAACUGUUACCCUUCGAAUAACUUAAUUUUUUGCAAAACUCUUUUUUUAUUCUUCACAAUUUGCGUCAUUCAAUUAAAGCUCUCCUUGUUUCAUCUCUCCCCAAUCAUACUGCACUUUUUACUGCUGCAGCCCCCUAGGGGUUACUUCACUAGAAGGACAAAAGUUCAACUCACUUUUGUCCUGUUGGACUCCCUCCACAUACUGAGAAUUUGUGUUGUUUUGAUGGAAUUAACCUCUUUCCUCCCAGUUUUAGUCUGUUUUUGCAGGUUGUUCCACACAAACAAUCCUUGGAGGCUGCCAAGAAGAGAGAGAGGAAACGAGACCUGGAGGUUUGGCGCAUGAGAGUUAGCAAAUUGCAGGACAACCCUUGCCUAGCUCAUGGACUUGGUCCCACACCCAAUCUGAGGAGAAGAUGGAGUUCCUGUUUCUUUAGAUAGUCUGUGAUGUGUCACACCAGAUUGGAUGCCUAAGAAGAAGUUGGGAAAAAUCAAAAAGCUUUGGAGAAGCGAUUCUUUUUUGUUGUUGUUAUUCUUUAUAGUUGUAAAUAGUUUUUGAUGUAUGUAUAUAUUUAAGAUGGUUUCAUUUAUUGUAUAGAGACUGCAAUAUGUUACAUUAGAUUAAUUUAAAAUAUGUUUUCAUGUAUGUAUAUAGUUAUAAAGGUUUCACAUUUAUAACAAGUGGAUCAUCGUGGCAAAGCCAUAAUGUUUCACUUGUGACAGUAAAUCUGUCGGGCCUCACCUUGACACUCAGGAAACAACCCUGAGUGCCACACGGCCGGACAGGACACAUGUAAAAUAAAAAA